AUGUCCCACGAAUAUUCCUUCCCAGAUCAAAGUUCAGUAAGAAGAUACUACGUUGAAACGAGUUCGGUCACAAGGAACCCAUGGCCAGAUCAGAACAACCUGGAUGUCCAGGAUUCACUCAAGUUUUACGUGGUGGCAAGAAAGAACUACUCAGCAGUAGACUUUCCGUUCGUGGUUCCGAAGUUGUUUUCACAAGUUACCAACACUUCUAGCCUCUUUAGGGGCGUAGAAGAGGGCGGAAACGACUUUUUCGACAGAGGAGUUAACUCGUCGGACGACUCGGAUGUACUGGAGGAGUCGCCAAUUUCAGCGAGCUCUGUCUCACCCUCAUAUCAAGUUUCGCCAGAGAGGAGAAGAAGAGCAUCGAGAGUGUCGAAUGACUACGACACGAGUAACUUCUUCGAUGAGCCGUUUGAUACUGAUGUAACUAACGAAGAAGAGGAGCAUAGUCAUUUUAAAUCGCAGUCUCCAGGGAGACGAAUGAACGUGUUCGAUCAGCCCCGAUCAGAGAAAUCGAAGGCAGGGUUGACAAGAUCGGUAGGAAGGCCGCAAAAAACGCCGCUUAAAAUAGGUGACAGGACGCCAGUGAGGCAUAAGCCAGGGAUAAAGUCGAAGGCCUCGACGCCGCUAAGGCUCCCUAAGGGGCACAGCAGAGCAGCGUCAGAAGGAGACCUGGAAUCAGCAGACCAUGAGGAUGCGACGCUUGAGUUGGAAGACCUGAAGUCGUCAAGAGGCUCCCAAAUGUCGAGAGGAGAAAAAAGUAGAAGAGGGACAGGAACGACAAACAAGUUGUAUAAAUUGGAUCGCAAAACAGGAGUAAGCGUUAAGAAAGGAGCCUUAAAGGAGACGAAAGAAGGGUACAAGGUGACGAAGAAGGGCCCGUAUCAAAUAUUGAGAGAGUCGAGGAAAUUGGGACUGCCGAAACCAGAAAAUAAGCGAAAGUUGGAAGAAAAGAAACAGGAUUUGGCAAUAUAUAAGGGAGGAGAGCUGGCGGAAAGAGAGCUUGACAUGGGAGGAUUUGAUGAAUACGAAGGAAUAGAAGAUGAAGAAAAAACGCCCCCGAAGGACCUGAGUCAGCGACGAGGAGCAUUGGUGAAGAGGAAGCCAAGGCCGUCAGUAAGUAGCUCAGCACUGCUGAACAGCUGGUACAUAAGCACGCGCUCGGAAAGCGAGGACAAGAACUACGAAUACGACAAGGGCCCGGAAAUGAGUAACACCAGGUACCCAAGAAGGUUCAGAAGGCCGCCGAGUCAGCACUGGAUGUCGAACCUGACCUCGGACGGAAAGUCGGUGCUGUUCAUGGCGGGAGUGUCGACGCAGAAGCUGACGACACAGCACCUGACGGACGAAAGGUUCCCAACGUCCUCUCUGGUGCUGACCAACGACCACGGAAACGUAGAGCUGGAAAUAGUGAAGACGGACGGAAAGGACGGAGCGGCGGAAGAGGACCCGAAGCAGAAGAGCCUGUCGGACUACGUGAAGACAAUAGCACCAAGAAGGUACGGCCAAUCGCCGAAGAGAGACCUGGAGCAGGAAGUUAAGGCAUUAUCGGACGUUCCCAGGAAGGCACGAAGGCUUAAAAGAGGAACAGGAGCCACGGCAAAGCUGGUGAGGAGAUCGGAAGAACCGAGCGAGCCAAAGUGGAGGAAAAACCACGAAAGUAAGGGAGCGGACAAGGAGAAGAUGGUGAAGGUGACGAGGGACAUGUCGGCGGAGAAGGCCCUGGAGCUUCUGAGGAAGCUGCCGGAGGUCUACGACGGAGGGAAGACGCUGAGCAUAGCCAUCGACGACGACGUCAACGACCAGAGCGAGAGUGAGCGAAGAGUGAGCGACACGCACGCGAAGAUGUUAAAAAGCGCCUAUGAUUCAUUUGUGGAACACGGAAAGGAAAGAAUAUACUACAAGUGCGUGCACAAGCCGGAGCAGAACAGAAUACCCUGCGGAGCGCUGGUGUUCAACACGAUGGUCUUCACGUCGCAGUGCAGAACGUCGGACGUGAGAAUACCAGCAGAGAAGGACAUAGAUUUCAAAGACGUUCAAACUAAUUUCAUAUUCGGCUACGUUCACUCUGGAAAAGACUUGGCGAUUGAAGGAGACGGAGUGAAGAAGGAGAUAAGCCAGGGGAAGACGUUCUUCUUACCAACGCACAAAAAGUGGAAAAUAAAAAACAAUAGCAAGUAA